AUGGCAUCGCACGUGACCCGGCCCACAGACGAUGGCCAUGCCUCCGAGGAGGAGGAUGAGGACGUGCAAGAAGAGGUGAGCAUGCGAAGGAAAUCGCCUGUAACGGAACACUCAUGCCUCUCCGCCUCCCAUGCACCCCUCCAUGUCGCGUAUCCACCUCUUCCGCGCACCACCUCUUGGAAUGGCCCAACGAACAGAUCUACCACUCAAGCGACGCGACGCUGUUCCUCAUCGAAGCCACAAGCUCCAUGCUCGAACCUUUGGUCCCUGCUUCGACGGAUCAACCACCGCCAUCGACCCAAACGCGCGAGAAGUUGGGCUGGAAGGACAAGCCCGAUGCGACGACCAAGCUCCAAGCCUGCCUCCGCUCGGCGUACGCGAUGAUGCGUCGCAAGGCUCAGUCCGCACCCAGGGAUCGUAUUGGUAUCAUGAUCUUCAAUACGGUUGCGUCUUUCUCUCUCAUACAGCGUGGCUGUGUGCACCUGGCCGAGAGAUACUCAGAGCUGACGGUGUCCCCGAACCCAAAUGGCCCUAUCUGCAGGCAAAGACCGAAGGCGUCAAGGGGGGCAACGGCGCCAAGAAGCACUGCCAAAUUGUACAGGAUCUCGCUUUGGUGACGGCCGAGAGUCUCGUCAAGUUCAAGGAUCUGCUCGCCGGUCAGUCGAGGCUUGCUCUUUCUCCUGUGCCCGCGCUGGGGCGCUCAGUGCUCCGGGAACUCACUCGUCAGGCACUUUUUGCACACACAUCAAGACAUCGAGGACGACCCUGGAUUGCUGAGUCAGAUGUUCGAGGUCAACACGGGGGUCAAUGCGUUGACGGAAGCGAUUCAGGGCUGCACCGAUCUCUUUCGACGAAAGUGAGCUACGGCGACUUGGCCGUAUCUUCACAUUUGGAUCGCUGACUUUCCGCCGGAACCAGUGCCUCGAGCCCCCGGAUCAACAAAAAGAUCAUCCUCAUCACCGACAACGAUGAACCUUACCCUCCAAGGUCGAAGCUACGCAACGCCGCCAACGAGAGGCGCAAUGUACGUUCGAACCAACUCUGAUGAGGCAGUGUCCUGUACCUAGGCUCACCCUGUUGCAAGGCCAUUGUCCCCUCCAGGAUCUCGCGGAUAUGGAUCACAAAAUUGAGCCGUUUUUCUUCUCCCCACCUGAUCACGAGUUUGACCUCGAGAACUUUUAUGGCGUGCGUUUUGCUGAACAACUUGCUGUGGAUUGAUGUGCAAGGUGUGCGCUGACCUGACCGCGAGCUCCUAUCCGCAAUUUCUCCAGAAAUUUAUCACGAUGGCCAAGGAGGACGACAACAACAACGAAGACGAUGAUGAAGAGGUUGCGGAUGUCAACGAAAUACCGAUCCCGUGGCCGCUCGUGCACCACGAUAUCGUGCAGACCCUCUCGGAGAUGAUCGACAAUCUGAGAACGAAGGAGGCGAUGAAGCGGGUCCAGUUCCAAAUCCCGUUUACGCUCGCCGAAGGGACGACAAUCGGGAUCAAAGGGUCGGUCGAAAAGAGGGUUCGUUCCAGCCACUUCCACUUAUGUGAUUGUUGACGGAAGAAACUCCGAUUUCACACAGCUAUGCUCUGGUUGGCGUCGAACGGCUUCGCCUCCCGACCAAGAUCGAUCUCAAUACGAGCCACGCCGACGCGGUCGUCCACAAGAUCUUCUACAAAGACGCUGUAGGAUCAGAUGUGCCCUUACCCUCAAUCCGUAGAGUUUACUGACUGAUUUUGUCUUCCUUUUGCUUCUAGACCUCUGACGAUCUCAACGUCAAGACCGACAUUCGCAAAUAUUUCGAGAUUGGCAAAGCCGACCCUGACAAGGGAUCACGUUCGGCGCAGAUCUUCUUCACCGAAGCAGAGAUUCGCAAAGUUAAGGUACGCACGCGUUUCCGUGGCGAGGCGGCGGACCAAGCGACUGACCCUCCUCGUACCAACUCAUGACACCGCAGACGCUCGGUCUCUCGCCUUCGAUGAGCUUGCUGGGCUUCGUCUCCCGUAGCGAAUUUCUCAAAUACGAAGAAACGAUCAAGCACGGCUACUUCAUUCGCCCCGACGAGGAUGCCUACAGCGGCAGUACGCGCACCUUCGUCGCACUGAUGGAGUCCAUGAUCAAGAAGGGUGUGAUCGCGUACGCAUCGCUUCUCAUUCGCAUCAGUGGCCGACCCCAGAUCGUCAUCCUCGACGCGCAGGAGGAGGUGUUGAACCAAAAGACGGGUGUCGUCGAGCGGCCUGCCGGCAUCAACAUCUACCAGCUGCCUUUUGCCGAUGAUUUGCGCAAGCAUCGUCUCGACUCGACGCCAUCGAUCAAAAAACCCUAUGGUGAGUGGACGGGAACCUCGCACAGGACUUCCGUCGCGGUAGGAGCUGAAAUUGGACACUCUUCGUCUUGCCAUGCAUCAUUACAGUCGAAGGCCAUGACGAACCCGAACAGCCCGAGAUUGCUCUGGCGACCGCGAUCGUGAAGAAAUUGACGCGCGUUUACGAUCCCAACAGUUACCCAAAUCCAGGUCAGCAGGCAUUUUCUGGGAUGCUCUUAUCCAAGUCCGCGACUUGGGGAGUGUUCUCAUCUGUUUCGAGACUAAUUCAAGGAAAUUUUGGACCCAUCAGCCAUCAAUUUCUUUCAAGAGACGUUGGCUGCGACGGCGUUGGAUGACGAGCUGCCCGAUCCUAUCGACAAGACUAUCCCAGCGUAUGGGACCAUUCGCGACGUGAGUCCCUUUAGGCCUCAGGCCACAUCAUCGCCACCAUUCCCAGUGUCUAAUCUUUCCGAGUCCUUCCAUUCUGUUCCAGCGAGCCGGUGAGAAGAUCACGCAACUCAAGAGCUUGAUAGCGGAAGACGAGCUCGAUCCCGCACUGGUUCGAACGUCGAACAAGAAACGAGCGCAUACACCCGAGGCCACUGGAAGCGCCGAAGAGAUACAAGAAUUCGCUGACAAAAUGACUCGAUUGCAAAAUAAAAUGCUUGUUGCGGAUCUCAAGGACGGCCUCAAGCUGAUGGGCGAAUCUACGAGCGGUACGAAGCCGGUCCUGUGGGAUAGGGCGAUCGCGGCGUUGACGGAGAAGGGGCUGUGGGCCAAGGGUGAUGGUGCGAGUGAAGCAGCUCCGAAGACCAAGAGGAAGAAGACGACGACGAUCGAGGAUAAUGAUGAAGACGAGUGA